AUGGGAUCUGGAAAGAUCUUGGAAUAUACAGAAUUGGUUCGGGCCACAUCUGAUGGGCCGGACCGGUUCCUCAAUGCCAGACCCACAGUCCACCUCUUCGAAAACCCGGACUUCUUUCAGAGCUUCGAGGUGGAGAAGGGGACCUACCUGGAGGCCGUGCUCUACGAUGAACGGCACGGCGGGCAAGGAAAAGGACUCUGGAGGAUCAAUGGGUCCGAACAAAAGACAAAAGAUGGGGUAUGGCUGUCGGCUAAGCUCAUCGCCGUGAGCGACGCCCACUUGUACGGGUGGCUCACUGAAGGGCCGGGAGAGGCCAUGAAGAGGAACUUCAGGCUUCACCUUUGCAUCACGCCUGAGAAGGAUUGCCCGAAGUGUAAAAAGAAGAAGGAUGUGGAGUUCCACACUGAUGACUUUCGUUCCCUGGAUGCUGGGGACGUGGUUGAUUCCAAAGUGGGCUGGCUCAAGUCGCCCCCAGCCCAAGAUGAUGUCGAGGUCGAGGUGGCGAAACUCACAGGCAACGCCCCGUCAGUCUUUAGGAAUGCCCGAUAUCAACUAGCUGAUGAGAAAGAGGAGAUGCAGCUUGUGCGAGACAUUCUCGCCCGCAUGGAAGCUCAGGGAACUCCCAUGCCUCCAGCUCUGUGGAGCUCAGGCCACCUUGGUGCGAUGAGUGAUGGCAGCAAGCGCUUGCGAGACCAGGAUGAUUUUCCAUCUUCCGAAGAUGAGCUGCUGGGCGAAAAGUGCGCUGGUCGAACCAGUGAGGACUUUGAGCUGAUCCGAGAUGCUCCCAAGUCAAGUGUGGAGUCAGUGGAGAAGUGGGGUGCAACAAUUUGCGCCUUGCCAGAGGUGAAGGAGGAAGCUCCAACAUACCAUGAGAUCGGCACCCUUAGCAAGUUCAAAGAAUACCGCAACUAG